GACCAGACAUCUCAUUACCCAGCCCAGGGUGGAGAGACAGAUCAGAGAGUACAAAUGUGGAGGGAUACUCAGCAUGAUGAUUGGUCUGCCCAUAAGAAAAUAGACCAAUGGAGCACUAGUCCCACCCCCAACCUGGCCGAAGCCCAGCCUGUCAGUUUCCUAGAGGACUGGAGAGGCCAGGAUGAAUACUGGAGCUAAAGCUAAAGCUGGGGGGAGUCGUCCCCUGGCUCCCCGCCUGCCCAGCUCCUCGGUGCCAGGGCCCCUUGGGGCUCCUAAAAGAUCAGGGGCAGUGCCCCCACGAGCCACUGCUGAGCCCCGAGCUGCGGUGAAGAAGUCUCCAGGGGAGCAGGCAGGAAGAGCAGCGCCUGUCCCCAAGGAGACCACAGUCCUGCCUGGGCCCGCCAGGACCAACAAGACAGGCCACAAUGUUCCUAGCACAGUGCCCAGGCAGCCUUUGGUGAGGAAAGCAGAACCAGCCCCCGGUGCUGGACGAGUUUCCAGGCAGGGGCCUCAGGGCUCCAAAGUGUCCACCCCAGCCAAGCAAGUCCGCUCUGCCCCGGCAGAGUCUGCAGCCAAGGCUAAGACACCACUAGCUUCCACCCUCACAGGACGGAACAAUGUGGCCCCAGCAGAGGCCAGGAGAGAUACCACUCGACCAGCUCAGGGAGCCCAAGUCUCAAGAGCUGGGCUCCCUGGGUCCCGUCUGGCCGCAGCCUCAGGACCCGAGCCAGGGUCUCCGCGGGCUCCCCCCAAAUCCAAGCCCCGGCCUUCCCCCCUGCCCAAGGCCACAGUCCCCAAAAGAACCCCCAAGGGCCCUGUAGACCCUGUCUCCAGCCCAGCUUCUGUGGCCAGGAGGAAGUCCAGCGAAGGUUCUUCCGGGGUUCAGUCCCGGCUCCCUGGACCCACCCGUCGCCAGGACAGCACCUCUGCUGCCUCAUUGGCCCAGCUCUCUCUUCAGGCCCCGCCCUCAAACUGCCCAAUAAUGCGGUCCAAGGGUUCCUCCCUUCCCUCCACACCCCCACCUAGCCGAAAAAAUCAGCAGGCCCCAUCUGUAGCCACACCCCCUAUACAAGCCCCUCCCCCUCCCUUGCCUACACCUCCUCCACAAUCCAAUUCCUCUCUGUCUACAUCUCCCCAGAAGGCUCCACCCUCUCCAUUAGCCACGCCCCCUAAACAAGCCACUCCCCUUUCCUUGCCCAGACCCCUUCCACAAGCCCAUUCCUCUUUGUCUACGUCUCUCCAGGAGGCCACACCCUCUCCUUCCAUGCCUACACCCCCUCCACAAGCCAAUUCCUCUGUGUCCACAUCUCCCCAGAAGGCUCCACCCUCUCCCUUGGCCACACCCCCUAUCCAAGCCCUUCCCCCUUCCUUGCCUCAACAAGCCAACUCCUCUUUGUCUACAGCUCCCUUGCAGGCCCCACCCUCUCCCUUAGCCACACCCCCUCAACAAGUCACUCCCUCUCCCUUGGCUACACCCCCUCCACAAGCCAACUCCUCUCUGUCCACAGCUCCCUUGCAGGCCCCACCCUCUCCCUUGGCCACACCUCCUAAACAAGUCACCCCCUCUCCCUUGGCCACACCCCCUCCACAAGCCAACUGCACUUUGUCAGCCUCUCCCCUGCAGGCCCCACCCUCUCCCUUGGCCACACACCCCCUACAAGCCACCCCCUCUCCCUUGGCCACACCCCCUCUACAAGCCAACUCCUUUCUGUCCACAGCUCCCCUGCAGGCCCCACCCUCUCCCAUAGCCACACCCCCGAAGCAAGCCACUCCCUCUCCCUUGGCCACACCUCCUCCACAAGCCAACUCCUCUCUGUUAGCCUCUUCCCUGCAGGCCCCACCCUCUCCCUUAGCCACACCCCCUCCACAAGCCACCCCCUCUCCCUUGGCCACAUCCCCUCUACAAGCCACCCCCUCUCCCUUGGCCACACCUCCUCCACAAGCCAAAUCCUCUCUGUCCGCAUCCCCCCAACAGGCCCCAUCCUCUCCUUUAGCCACAGGUCCUCUCCAGACCCAUCCUUCUCCCUCAGUCACACCUCCUCCUCAGGCUUCUCCCUCUCCAGCCACAGCCCCUCAACAGGCCCCACCUUCUCCUUCCUUAGCCACACCCUCCCUCCUGGCCCCAUCCCCUACAGUCACACCUCCACAGGCCCCUUUCUCUCCUUUGGCCACACACGUUCAAGAUAUUCUCAUUCCUUCAACCACUUCCACACUUCAAGAUCUGAUGGCUCCUUUAUCCACACCCUCUGUACAAAGGGCUGACUCUUUCCUGGCCACACCCCUUGCUCAGGCUCCACCCUCUCCCUCGUGCCCACCUUCUCCCCCUCGGGCCAUACCUCUUCCGCAGGAUUUUCCCUUAAACACAUCGCCUUCACAGGAUUCACCCCCGUCUUUAGCCACGCCUCCUCACCAGGCUCCUCCCCCAACGCGCUCUGUUUUAGCCACACCCCCUCUCCAGGCCCCUCCCAUUCCCUCAGACCCACCCUCUCACUUAUUCCCACUUUCUCCUCCCUUGCCCACAACUCCACUUCAAGCCUUUCCAUUUCCUUUGGCCUCACCCCCUCCUCAAGCUCCUCCCUUUCCUCCGGCCUCACCCACUCUACAGGCCCUCCCCUCUCCCGUAGCCACACACUCUCAACAAGCCCCAUUCUUUCAUUUGGUCCCGCCUUCCCCACCCUUGGCCAAACCCUCUCUUCAGGCUCCUCCUUUUCAUUUGGCCACGCCUUCUCAGGAGCCGUCUUUGGAUAUAUGCCCUUUGCAGCCCUCUCCUGUUCCUUUGGUCUUGCCCCCUCCUCCCUCUCCUCUAGCCACGCCUCCUCUUCAUGCUCCUCCCUCCCUCCUGGAAACACCCCUUGUUCAGGCUCCCUCCCCUUCAUCCACCUCCCUUCCCCAAGCUACUUUCUCUCCCCUGGACACACCCCUUGUACAGGCUCCUCCCUCUCCCCAACCCAUACUCCUUGUACAAGCUUCUCCCUCUUCCCUGCCCAUCCCCUUUGUGCCACCCUCUCCCUCUCCCCUGCCCACAGCCCCAGUGCUGGCCCAGUCCCACUUGCAGACUCCGCCUCCUGGGGAGCUGCCCCUUCCUGAGUCUGUCUUGUCCUUGGGAGCCCUGGGUGGGGAGCUGUCCAGAAGCCCUUCUAGUACUCUGAGUGGCCCAGACCUUGCUGGACACAGCAGCAGUGCCACAAGUACUCCCGAGGAACUUCGCGCCUACGACAGUGGCCCUGAGAUAGGGGCUCCAGCUUCGCCUCCGCCUGAUCCUGACCUUGAACUUGCUGCCUGCCAUCCCGCUGUCUGGAGCCGGCCGGGGGUCCCCACCCGGAGCCCCUGUACCACCUCCCCUCGACUUAGCCAUGGGGUCCCAGGCGAACCACUGCCCUGGUCCCCUUUGGCCGGGCCCCCUGAUGGCCUGUCCACUAUCUAUGAGGCAGAGGCCUCGGAAACAGCAUUUGGACCAGCAAGCAGGGAGGUACGGGAUCAGGAGGAAGAGGAUGAGCAGACAGUGGAGAAGAUGCCCCCAGCCCCUCGUGGUCCCAAGCCAGCUCGAGUGGGUGAGCUGCAGCUGGGAGCAUUGCAGGCCAGUGUAGUGCAGCAGUUGCUGAGCCGGACACUGCUGCUGGCUGCAGAGGGCCCCGGGGGAGCCAGGCAGGGCCCUGGGGGUGGCCGCCCGGCUCUGAGUGAUGCUGAGCUGGGCCGCUGGGCUGAACUGCUCUCCCCUCUGGAUGAGUCCCGGGCAAGCAUCACCUCUGUCACUAGCUUCUCCCCAGAUGAUGUUGCCUCACCACAGGGAGACUGGACUGUAGUGGAGGUGGAGACCUUCCACUGA